ACAGGCCGCGGAUAAAAGGAGCGGGCGGAGGCCGCUCGAAUCGUACUUUUGGUUUUCCGACUGCUGCGGCUGCGGUCUUGGAGCACGAGCUGCCAGUCUUUGUAGGCUUGGAGCCCGCCCCCCUUUGCAGUCAUGUCCUCUGGAAAUGCUUACAUUGGAAAGCCAGCUCCUGACUUCCAUACCACUGCUGUGGUGGAUGGAGCUUUCAAGGAGGUGAAGCUGUCAGACUAUAAAGGGAAGUAUCUGAUCAUCUUUUUCUAUCCCCUGGACUUCACCUUUGUGUGUCCCACGGAGAUCAUUGCCUUCAGUGACCGUGUCUCUGAUUUCCAUCAUCUGGGCUGUGAAGUCCUUGGUGUGUCUGUGGAUUCCCAGUUCACUCACCUGGCCUGGAUCAACACUCCUCGAAAAGAGGGUGGCCUGGGACCUUUGAAAAUCCCCCUGUUGGCAGAUGUAACCAGAAACCUCGCUCGAGAUUAUGGGGUACUGAAGGAGGAUGAAGGCAUUGCCUACAGGGGCCUAUUUAUUAUUGAUGCAAAGGGGAUUGUCCGCCAAAUCACUGUCAAUGACCUGCCUGUUGGGCGCUCAGUGGAUGAGACUUUGAGGCUAGUGCAAGCAUUCCAAUACACAGAUGAGCAUGGGGAAGUAUGCCCUGCAGGCUGGAAGCCUGGAGGAAACACUAUCAAGCCCAAUGUGGAGGAUAGCAAGGAGUAUUUCUCUAAUAAUAACUAGGCAAGAAGUGCUGCCUCUUUAUUUGCUCCGGUGGCAAACCUCGAGAUGGUGAAGGAGGCUUCUGCCCCUCUUGGGUAGUGGCCCUUGCCCCAAAUCCUGUCUUAAUCUCUUCCUCCUUAUGGAGGGGCAUGUAUGGGAGGGGAGGAAGGGGCCUGUGUCUAAUAAAUUCUCUGGGAAAAUCAAA